AUGAGGAAGGAAAAUAUUAAACGCAAAUCUUUAAGGGACAAAUCGAAUCCUUUAAAUUUACCAGAUGAAAUAUUCGUUCAACAUUUUCGCUUGAAUAAAGAAGGGUUCACUAUAAUUUUAAAUAAAAUUGGAAAUUAUUGGAAGAGUACAUCAAUACCUCUUACAAUACAAUUAGCCGCAACCUUAAGAUUUUUGGCUGAAGGCAGUUUUCAAAGGUCUGUUGGGAACGAUUUAAAUAUAGCUAUGCAUCGAACAACAGUUUCAAAAUGCUUUACAAAAAUGUUAAAACUAUUGGAAAGAAAAAUUUGUCCAGGGCUGAUUAAACUUAAAACACCAGAAGAAGAGUUAAAAAAAUCCAAACAGUUCUUUUAUGAAAAAUAUGGCAUUCACGGAGUUAUCGGAUGUAUUGACGGCACUCAUGUGGCAUUAAAAGGUCCAACAGGAGAAGAACAUUUAUUUUUCAACAGAAAGGGGUAUUACAGCAUUAAUGCCAUGAUUAUUUGCGAUUAUAAGAUGGAUAUUAAAGCUGUUGAUGCAACUAGACCUGGGAGUAGUCACGAUUCAUUUAUUUUCAAUAUGAGUACAGCACGAAACUUUUUUAUUUCAUCGUAUGAAAAUGGAGAACGCGGCUCAUGGCUGUUAGCCGAUUCGGGUUAUCCACUUGAACCAUUCGUUAUGACGCCCUACAGGAAUCCAAGAACUAUUUGUCAACAAAGAUUUAAUAAAAGACAUACUUCGGCGAGAAACGUGGUCGAAAGGACAAUUGGAGUCCUGAAAAGUCGAUUUAGGUGUUUGUCAAGAACACUUUGGUAUUCUCCUUUAAAAACAGUACAAAUUAUAAAUAUUUGUUGCGCUUUGCACAACUUGUGCAAUACACUAAAAAUUCAGCAUCCUAUUGAAGAUUUGGAAGGACAUUUAAGUGAUGAAAUGGAUGGACAUGAGAUUGAAAGCUUUGAGACUGAUAUAACUUUAACAAACUCCGCAAAUAUAAUACGCGAUAAUAUUGCUGAAAGUUUAAUUUAAAAAUUUAAAUAAAUACAUAUAAAUAAAUGUUUAUUUAAAAGGAAGACAUUUAA